GCCAACCAGUCAACUGUUUCGACAAUGUAGCCUUAGUCAAUAAUUGUGAAAUUUAUAAAAACACAUUUUUUUCAUCGCAUUUCCUGAGGGCUAAUUUAUUCUGCAUGAUUCGAUUCAAAUUAGCGUUCAGACUCUUCCUGAUGUCAUUGAGAUGAGUGCAGCUUCGCCAAACUCUGUCAAGAUGGAUAAAUAUUUCUGCAUUGCGAUCUUAUUCUCGUUUGCUGUUGCUAUCUAUGGGCAAUUAUUAACUGGCUCAGGGGUUUAUUGCAACACGAAAUGUGCAAAUGCAAACGAAAUUUGCUUUGGGACUGGUGUUAAUAGGUGCUAUUGCCCAGCCGGAUUCAAAGGUGACAACUGCAAUGAAGUUAACACCAAUUACAUUGACGCAACAUGUUUCGUACCACGCCCGUUAUUGGACUCUUGUGACGAAGCCAUUGAUCAAUGCCAAGGAAAUUGUCCCUCGAACACUGAAUGCUGUUCAGAUGGAUGCACUUUAUCCUGCCGAUCUCUUCCUCCUCCAACCUGCACAUCAACCGUGGAAUGUACGGAAAAUAAAAUUUGCUACCAAUCCCUACCGCCAAUGAGCAGUUGUAGUUGUCCACUUGGAUUUACAGGGGAUGAUUGUACUGAUCGACUGACUUUCGGCUACGACAACAGAUGUCCUUUACCGACUGAUCCAGUCAAUCUUUGCGCGGUAUCCGAAUUCGUCUAUGAAUGCGUCGUUAAUGAUCCAAGUCGCAUGUGUCCGGACGGAGAAAUAUGUUGCGUUGGAUCAAAUGGAUGUUCAUAUGAAUGUUUUCCAACAGGCUGUAAAAACGCCGUUGAUCUUAAAACAUGCACUGAUCAGGGGAAACUCUGCAUAGACGAUGAUUCUAAUGAAAGCUUCACAUGUCAAUGCCCAUACGGAUACAGCGGAGAUAUGUGCGCCACACCAUUUUCCGGUUUUGAUGCGAUGUGUCCAUUUCCCGAAGUUUCUGGAAAUACUUGCGAUGAGUUUGAAACCCCGGCCUGUACGGAAUCUGGCGAUUGUCAAGAAGGUGACGUGUGCUGUUCAACAGGUUGUGGAACGACUUGUGUGAAUUUUUCAGAUGGAGCAUGUCGUCCCGGGGAGUUUAUGAUUCAUAACUGUCCUGAUGUAUGUCAAUUUUCUAGCUGCGUGAAGUAUCCGUCUGCAAUUUGUAGAGUUCGACCUUGCAGUGGGUGCUGGGCAAGGUGGUACAUCCAGCAGGGAGAUAUCACAGCAUACUGUGGUUAAGUCGUGGGUAAAGGAUGAAUGGAAAAAUAUAUACUAACGAUGAAUACAACUACUAACUAAUGAAAAUUACGAUCUCAAAUUGACAGAAGGCGCAGCAAAAUGUAUCUUUGCCACUCUAAAAUUUGCAUGAGAGCACUGCAAGUUUGAAAAGUUCAACAUUUUUAUUUAAAAUCUUGGAAAUUGAAAAUACAACAAUGGACUAUAAUUUCAGUUAAAACGUUCAGACUAUACAACUGGCCCUGGUAUAACCAGACUAUGGGCGCCAACUCGCGAAACCACUCCUCAUAAUCACCACUUGAAAUUUUGCAAUGGUAAAGUAUAGGAAGGAUUUUCUGGGGGUCAAAGGUUGGGGAAAUAUCCAUUGUAAUGUGUAUUGAUAAAAUAUUUGGUGUGUUAUAUAAUGUAUACUUUAAUAAAUGCAUUGUUUGGUGAAAUAUUCGUUGUUACAAGAGAUGCUCUUGGUUAGUUUUACUGCGCAUCUUUUCAUGAAUUAA